UUUUUAAAUAUUAAACAAAAACAAUAAUAAAGUUCAACGGACGGUGAUGGAAACUACGUUUAUGAAUUAUACUAUUAUGACUCAUGUAUUAUUGUUAUUAUAUGUAUUUUUCUUAAUUAUUUAUGAUUAGAAAUGUAAACAUCGAGUUGAGAUGAAAGACUUGAUAUAUUCAAAAAUUAAAAACGUUUACGUAAAAGACUCAUAUCACAACGAAAAGGUUUCUCUGGAUAUCAUUAUUACGGUGGAACAAACCUAUCAAGAUAAUGAAAAAGCUGUAUUCAUAUCUGCAUCUGAUGAAAAUGACCCACUAUUCUACAUCACAACCUAUGUUACAGAAGAGAGUUUUAGAUAUAUCAAAGAAUCUCAAGAUUUGGUGGUCAACUUUGAUAAUUUUCCAAAUCAAAUAAUACAACUCUUAAAUAAUUCAGAUUCAACCAGUGAUGAUGGUCCUAAAUUUAAACUAUUAAUUCAAGAUGUAAACAUGAACAACAAAAUGUACAAAGGUCCCAAGUAUGUUUUAAAAAUAAUUGAACUGAAUGAAUUUAAGAAUCUCUGUCAUUUAGCCAUUGAAAUGUCUAAAGCAUCUGAUGCUGAUGUAGCAAAAAACAUAUGCAAAAAAAUGACAUCAAUUAAAAAUCUAAUAGAGUUGAAAGAUAAAGAGACUGAGAACUUAAAACGAGAACUUUUAAAAUUACAAAAUGAAGUGGUUAAUAAAAGUAAUCAGUUAGAAAAAUUUUUAACAUCAAUGAACCAUGAAAAAAAUAGCUUAACUGCUAAACAAGAAAAGAUAAUUAAUGAAUGGAAGGAAAAAUAUGAAAAAUUAGAUGCUGAAAGAAUGAAACAAUUGCGUGAAAUGCAUGAAGAAAUGAUUGCGCAGCAGGAAAGACUAAGUUCAUCUUUACAAACAACAAUAAAAUCCCAAAACAAAGAAAUACAAAGUCUAUUAACUCAAUCAGAAAAUAAAUCUGAACAAAUAAGUGAAAUGUCAGUUCGUUUAAAAACAAUGGAAUCCAAAAACAAGAAGUUGACUGAAGAAAUUGCCUCAAUAAUUAAUACUAAUGAAAACUUAAUAUCAGACAAAGAUAUUAAAAAGAAAAUUAUUGAAAGAAUGCAAAAUCAUAUUUUGUCCUUAGAAAAUGAAAUUAAACAAAACACACAAUUACUUCAGAAACAAAAUAAUUAUUAUGAAACAUCUAAUAGAUUCCAAGAACAACUAGCAAUCUCUCAAAAAGAAAAUGAAGAACUAAAAAAACGAAGUGAAGAAAACUUACGAUCAAUUUGUGAUGAAUUGAAACAAGCAAAUAAAAUUAUAAAAAAAUUACACGAUUCAAAUCAAGAACAAACACAAAAGCUUAUACUGAGUAAAGAUAUUGCACUGAAACAAAAAGAAGAGAUUCAUAAACUUCAAAGUGAAAACGCAGGACUGUCUAAAUUACUUGAAGAAAAAACAACUUAUAUUGAAAGUCAAAAUAUUCAAUUGCUAGAAACCAAAAAUCGACUUACAACAGUUGAACAAAGUUUAAAAGAAAAAGAAGAACGUUUAACUAGUAAUGACAAAGUGAUUCAUUGGUUGAACAGUAAGUUGAACAACUGUGAAAUUGCAGCAAAGUCUUCUAGUAACUGUGGUGUGUUGUCAGAAACAACUGAUGUAACAAAAAAUGUGAAUAUCAACAAAAGUGUUGCCAAAUUUUCCACGUCGACUCCUGCUACUGCUGAAACUGACAAUCAAAAUACUAAAACUAAUAGUCAAAAAUUGAAUUCAAAAACUUUAAGUUCCAACAUUAGUAAAACAACGACAAAUAACUCAAAAAGAAGUGCUCCAAUCCGCCGUGUUAUGUAUGGACCACUUAGUUCUACUGCGUACUUUGCAGCAUAAAUGUUUUUUUUUUUUUUUUGUUGAACUAUUUUUUAUAUUUAUAAUUUUUUACUGCAAUCGAUGUAGUUGUACACUUACUGAUUUUUAUAAUAUUUUACUGUCAAUAACUCGGUUAUAAAUAUAUUUUAUACUGUUUAGAUUUAAUUGUUAACUAUGGAUAACAUAACAUCUGUGAUUCUUAAAAUCAAAAUCCUUGUCUGGAAAACAUGUUAGCUAUCCAGUGAUCUAAUGUAUGUGACUAAACUCUAAAAUUGUUAUAGGGUGUGGUACUAGCAUCUGAGCAUCAAAUAUUUGAAAUCAUUUUAAGUUUAAAUAAAUUACAAAAUUACAAUCAUACA